AUGAAUAAUCAACACGCCGUGGCCGCGCUGCUGCAGGAGUGCGAGAGAGCUCUGGAUGCUCUCCUGUCGCCACGGGCUGGCACGGGAGAGGGAGACGAGCAGGAAUACCGUCGAUGCCAAGCUUUGCUUCCUGAGGACUUGAGGACCCUUCUGGAGGAGGCAAAGGAAAUGAAGUGGCCCUUUGUGCCGGAGAAGUGGCAAUACAAACAAGACCUUGGCCCAGAAGACAAAACAAAUCUGCAAGAUAUGAUCAGCACGAGGCUCCCUGACUUGCUGGUUUAUCUGAAAGCCUCCAUCGUGGCCAAGGACUGUGCCACAGCUACUGCUGUUGUGUUCCUGAUUGACAGAUUCCUGUACUGGAUUGAUGCCUCCAGCUCACUCCUCCGGAUUGCCAAGGGCCUGCACAGACUGCAGCCUGCUGCACCCAUCAGUCCUCAGGUGCUCAUCCGCCAGGCUCGCCUCGCUGUCAACACAGGUAAACUUUUAAAAGCUGAAUACAUCCUAAGCAGCCUCAUUAAUGACAAUGGAGCAACAGGUACCUGGAAAUAUGCAAAGGAGAGCGACCGGAUUCUUGUCCAGGCAGUCUGCUUACAAAUCAGGGGGCAGAUUCUGCAAAAGCUUGGGAUGUGGUAUGAGGCAGCAGAGUUGAUUUGGGCCUCAGUCGUGGGAUACUUCCAACUUCCUCAGCCAGAUAAAAAGGGAAUUGCUACUUCCUUGGGAAUUAUGGCAGACAUCUUUGCUUCCAUGAAUGAGCAGGAUUAUGCACGUUUUAAAAUCAAUGCUGACAUUGACCUGAGCCUCCUCCAAGGGUUCAACCAUCGCUUGUUAUCUGCUGCCCAGGCCUGCAAGCUAGCAGCAGCCUACAGCCAGUACACCCCUCUGUUUGUCCUCACAGCCGUGAACAUCCGUGGGAUGUGUUUGCUGUCCUACAGUCACUCCAAGGACUGUCCCCCAGAAAAGAGACAGUUCUACUUGUCUGAAGCCAAAGAAUCCUUUGAGAUUGGCCUCCUCACCAAGAACAACCAGAGCCCCAUCACCAGCAAGCAGGAGCUCCACAGCUUUAUUAAAGCUGCUUUCUGCCUCAUGACUGUGCACCGAUGGCUCCAUGGAGAGAGUGAGGAGCUCCAGAAGGUCAGUCAGCUGUGCAGGGAAGCCUUGGGCAAGCUGCACUCAUACAGCACUUCAUUUGCAGGAGAGGAAGAGAAAGGCACACUUGCCAAAGAGAUCAUGGCUCUGAUUGCAUCUGUGAAGAAGCGCCUGUGUGUGGAGACAUUCCCUAAUUCCGAUGCCAGGUCUUAUGUCCCAGACAGUUACAAAGGCACAGUGGAAAAACCUGUCCUGCAAGGGCAAGCCAGCUUUGAGAAAAUCCUUGCCAAGCAUUCUCAGCAUCACUUGUCAGUGUGCCAAGUGUUUGAAAAGUCUUGCAGGAUUCACAAAGCCACACCAGGAGAAUCCCAGGUGGGAGCUUGUAUCACAACCUUAAGGACAGAGACCAAAACCACAGACACUGUGUGCACUACUGAAGAAAUAGUUCACCAGAGGGGAGGAGCUGUGAAAAUGUUGGACUCAGCAGCAGCAGGAAGCAGCUCAGAGGGACUCAGUGGCCUGAGAAAUCAAGGCAUUUGUUCUGGUGUGAUGAAAAUUUCCUUUGAAGAAGAGAUUGAGCCAUUAGGAAUGGAAGUAAAUGAUGAAAGUGGCGUUUUCAGCAGUGGGCAAAACAGGAGUCAAACCACUAGUUCUGACAGCUCUUGGUGCAAACUGUCAAAAUCCAGUUACUCUUCCAGCUGGGAGGAGCUAAACCGUGGUAGCAGCAGAGAGUCUCUCAGGGAAGAGCAGCAGCGGGAGAAGGGAUUGGUGGAGGAGCAGUGCUGCACCACAGAAACUGAAGAAAAUGGCCAAGCCAUGUCAUUGCUCUCAUUGCCUCCCAGAGCCUGGCAUCCUGCUCUUCAGCAGCCUCUCUGUAGCUGUGGGGGACCUCCUCAGCCUUCCUUUGAAGGAGGUGCAUAUCGAGCUGGGAGGACGGUGGAAAAGUCAUCUCUCUGUGGAGAAGAACUGCAGGGGGGAAGACACCAUGGAAGGAGCUCUUCAGAAAAGAAAGCAAAGGACCUGAAUAAUGUGUUUACUUCCCUUUCCACCUCUUACUCUAUUCUUACCACUUCAGAGGAGAAGUCCUCCCAUGUGGAUCUGGGCUGCAGGACCAAGGACAGCAGCAGGGAGGGAGGUGUUGGCCAUGUUGAGUGUGUCCACCCAGGAGGACCUGCAGGUAGCACAGAGGAUCCCUCGUUUGCGGCACAGCCUCCCACACAUGGGAGUGCUUCUGUACUCUCAAGGAGCAUCAAGCCAAAACUAGGCAGUGAUGCCUCUGUGUGUGACUGGCUGAGGAAAUCUGCCCUGGUGGGGGACAGAUCUGUCCAAGUGCCCACAGUUGACACCCAAGCAGAAACUGUAGAUGACACAGAAUUUGAUAUCAUCACUGUUGGAGACUUAGUAAACAAUUAUGCUCCAAUGCAUCAAGCAGUUCCCUGUGCACCAAAAGCUUUGCCCUCGGGGGGAAAGAUACCCACAACCGAACAAUUUGAGUGUGCCACCACUGAGGAAGGCGAAGAGAAGCCUCAGGACAUGGUGAGCAGCAAGAGACAAUGCAAUUCACCUCCGAGUUCAUGGAUCAAAUUGUCACAGAAGCCCGCGAGUUCCCCUGAAGGUCCACUUCUGAUCCCAAGGGGAAGUGGCUUUGCCUUCACGCCUGGGAGAAGGCAGGAAGAAACACCUGAUGCUCGAUUUCUGAGGGAUGAGGACUACAAGCAGCUUCUGGCAGGAGUGGAGCAUAAUUGGCUUGUCAACAGACUGUUGCCUACUGGGAUUUUUAAGCCCAAAGAGCUCUGUAAAACAUACUCUGCUCUUCUUUUCAAAUACUCCAAGAAAUCUGGCCUGUGGACAGCUCAGGAGACAGCUGUGUUCAUUGGGGACUACCUCAGGGUGGCAAAUGAAGGAAAGCAGAGAAGAGCCUUUUGGAUACACUUCCUGCACCAAGAGGAAACCCUGGGAAGGUAUGUUGGGAAGGAAUAUAAAAAAGAAAAAGGACUCCUCCAUCAUUUCAGUGACGUGGAGAGGCAGAUGACUGCCCAGUACUACGUGACAGAGUUCAACAAGAGGCUGUAUGAGCAAAAGAUCCCUACCCAGAUCUUUUACAUCCCAUCUGCAGUACUCCUGAUCCUGGAAGACAGAACUAUAAAAGGCUGUGUGACUGUGGAGCCCUACAUCCUUGGGGACUUUGUGAAGUUAUCCAACAACAAGAAGGUAGUCAAGAACGAGUACAAAGCCACAGAGUAUGGCCUGGCUUAUGGCCACUUCUCCUAUGAGUUCUCCAACGGCACAGACGUCGUCGUUGACCUGCAAGGUUGGGUGACAGGGAAUGGGAAAGGCCUCAUCUACCUCACAGACCCCCAGAUCCAUUCUCUGAAUAGCAGAGAUGUCUCACGCUCCAACUUUGGGAAGGAAGGAAUUUACUACUUCUUUAAUGAUCAGCACAUGGAGUGCAAUGAGAUCUGUCGCCGCCUGUCCUUGACAAGGCCCUCAGUGGAGCUGCCAGCAUAG